AUGUUUAGAUUAUAUUGGGUGAAACAAAGUUCAUAUGUUAGAAAAUUAUUAGAAUUAGAUAAACCAUUACCUAAAUCAAUGGAAAAUGAUGUUUAUUUAAAUCGAGAAACUAUUCUUAAUAAUGAAACUAGUGCAAGAGAUAUAAUGGUUAAAUUAUGUGAUGCUGGAUUAAGUAUUGGUCCACAUUUUUUUGAAAUUAGAAUAUUUAUAGCAAAAGAUUCAAGGCUGGAUGUAAAUGAAAUUAAAGAGAUUAAAAAGAAGGAAAAAGAAGAAAAGAAAUUGAUGAGAUUGAAAGAAAAAGAAGAAAGAGAUAGAUUAAGACAAGAAGCUAAAAUACAAAGAGAAAAAGAAAAAUUGGAACGUGAUAGACAAAGGGAAAAAGAGAAGGAAGAGAAAUUGAAAUUGAAGCAAGAGAAGAUGAAAGAGAAGGAAUUGGAGAAAGAAAAAGCAAAGGAUAAUUCAAAGAAGAAAGCUCAAAAGGAUAAAGAGCUGGAAAAUAUCAACAAGAAAGAUGAUUCUUUGAAAACUGGUGAUAAUGAAGAUAAGAAAACAGAUGGAUCUGAAUUAAAAGGAGAAGAAAAACAAGUUGUGGCUGGUAAAGUUGAAAAAGAAGAGCAAGAGGAAAAGAAAAUAGAUGAACAGAAAGAAGAGAAGGUCGAAGAAGAGAAGGAAGAAGAGAAGGAAGAAGAGAAGGAAGAAGAGAAGGAAGAAGAGAAGGAAGAAGAGAAGGAAGAAGAGAAGGAAGAAGAGAAGGAAGAAGAAGAGAAGGAAGAAGAGAAGGAAGAAGAAGAGAAGGAAGAAAAGGAAGUUGAAAAGGAAGAAAAGGAAGAAAAGGAAGUUGAAAAGGAAGUUGAAAAGGAAGAGGGCAAAGAGGAAGAAACUACGGAAGUACAAAAAGUCGGCCUAAUCGAAGAGGAUGCUGAAAUGAAAGAAGACGUUGAAAAUGAUAAGGUAGAUAACGACAAGGAGAAGGGCGAGAACCAAGAACCAGAGAGCAAAGUAGUUGAUGAAAUCAACAAGGAUGAAGAUGCGCUGAAACAAAAAGGGAAUGAAGAUGAUGAAUCCAAGACUAGUGAUCGAACAAACAGUGAUGACGACGAAAAUGAUCAGGAAAUCAAUGAUAACAGUCCAGAAACUGAAUCGAAACAGACUUCUGAAGAAUCAAGUGAAAAAACUUCCGAAACAUCAUCCAGAAAGAAUUUAGACAAUGAAAAUUCUGAAACUCCUGAACCCAAAAGUGAAAAAACUAAUAUUAAGACCGAAGAUACGAAACAAGAGACUAAAUUUCAAAACGAAAUCCUAAAAAUUCAAAAACAGGCGACUAAUGAUGUUUUUACAACCGAAAGAGAUUUGCAAGAAGGUUCUUCUUCUUCAGUGGUACAACGUCCAAUAGAGCCAGCUUCAAAGGAACCUUCUCCGUCCACUAAUUUGAACUCAGAGGAAAAUCAAAUAAUGAUUAGAAAUUUGAAUUUGAUUGCAGAAAGAGAUAAACCUCUUAACCAAUUAAUGAAAAUAGUGGCUCUGGGUUUUGCAUCAAUGAAGGAAAUUGAGCUUUUCCAAAGAUAUAUCAAGCGUGCAAGAGAAAUGGGACCUCCUCCACAUGAUGAAACAUUUUGGAAAGAGUAUAUGAAAAAUCCUGUAAGAAAGAAGAAGGCGCCUAAAGAAAAGAUUCCAAAGGAAAAGAAACCAAAACCUCCUCCAAAGGAGAAAAAGCCUAAAAAGGAAAAACCUCCAAAACCUGAAAAGCCUCCAAAGCCUCCAAAGGUAAAGAAGGAGAAACCCGAAAAACUUCCGAAACCUCCAAAGGUAAAGAAAGAAAAGCCAGAAAAGCCUCCCAAGGUGAAAAAGGAGAAGCCAGAAAAGCCUCCAAAGAUUAAGAAGGAAAAGCCACCUAAACCCCCAAAGAUCCAGAUUCCAAAGGAUCAAAAAUUGACUGCUUUUCAAGAACGAUACUUGAAAGAUGCUACCAUUUUGUUUGAAUUUGUUGAGAAUCCAAAUGUAAGAUUUUUAUUGCCGACACAUGCUAUUUGUGAAGUUUUACCUCCUUCAACCAUGAUCAAUGCAGAGGAUAAUGAUAAUUCUGAUAAUAAAGAUAUUUUGAUGAGUUUCAUUUGGAUACAUAAUCAAAAGGAAAUUGACGAAUAUGAGAAAAAACUUGAAGAAUAUAAUAAAAAGAAGGCUGAAGAGGAGCAAAAAAAGAAGGAAGAAGAAGAAAAGAAAAGACUUGAGGAAGAGGAUAAGAAGAAACAAGAAGAUGAAUCUAAAAAGGCAAUUGAAGAUGCUGCUUAUGUCAAGCAGGAGGAAAAUCCGAAUGGUCGCGAAAAUACUCCUGGUGAAGAUUCUGAUAUUGUUGAGAUUAAACAAGAAGAUAUUGAUUCGACAACUACAUCAAAUAGUAAUGGGACAACUGUGGAAGAUGAAGAAGCAACUGAAGAGCCAGAAGAACAAGAGUCUGUUCCUGCAAAAAGAAGAGGCCCGGGAAGAAGAGGCAAGAAAAAACGUAAGAUGCCACCACCAAGAAAACCAGCUACACCGAAAGCAUUGGAACCACCAGUUGAACCAGAAUAUAGAUAUACUACUGUGUCUUGUAUGAUCCAUGGAAUUCAAAGUAAAUUGGUUCCUAUGUUUAUAAAUAGUGUUAAGCCAUUGGAAGAAGUUCAAGAAAAAAUGAAACAUAUCCUUGCUGUUGGUACAAGAGUUCCUUCAUUUAAUUUGUGGUAUCAAGUUGAUGGUAAAUUGGAUGAAGAACUAGCUGAAGAUAUAAGAGUUCAAUUAAACCAAGAAGAAAAGAAAAUGACUGGUGUUCCUACAUCGCAACAUGAGAAACCUCCUGAACCUAAGAAAUAUCCAAAGAAGAGGAAACUCAAGGAAGAACCAAAAGAUGAAACUGAUACCAAGAAGGUCAAAACUGAUGAUGCUGAAGAAAAUAAGAACGGUGAAGAAAAUAAGAACGAUGAAGAAAAUAAGAACGAUGAAGAAAAUAAGAACGAUGAAGAAAAUAAGAACGAUGGAGAAAAUUAUACGGAGAAUAACAAGGACGGGAUUGAACCUUCGGAAGAAGCUGUAAAUGAAAAGGAUGAGCAAGCUAUAAAUGAAGACGAAAAUGACGACAAUUCAAAGGAAAAUGAAGUAGAAGACGUUCAUAUGGAACAACAUCAAGAAACUAAUGAUUCUACUACACAUGACGUUGUUGAAACAGAGACUAAGGAAGAGCUAGAUGAAGUAGUUACUAUUGAUGCUAAUUAA